AUGUCUGACGUAAACAAUAAUGCUAUGGGACCUGUUCGCCCUGUUGAUGAUGAGGCCAAGGAAGUAUUUCAUCAAGUAAAGGAACAAGUUGUUGAUAAGCUUAACCAUUUAGACAAUGUUCACGGUCUCCAUGAGUUGGAUGAUUUAGAACGUAUUGACUGUUAUAAGCUUGUGGAAUAUGCCACUGAAGAACUUGCUUACGGAACCAACUAUUUUGGCAAGAUUAAUUUGGGUGACGAAAAGUAUAUUCAUGUCAGAGUUUUCAAGGCUCCUGAGGGAAAUGUUGAUUUUUACUCUAUCCUUACUGAAGGCACUGCCAUCUGGUCUCGUGAAGAGCCUCUCAAGUACUUUAUCGAUUAA